AUGUCACCAAAAGUUGCAAUUGCCGGAGCGAGUGGGAACCUUGGUCCGAGCGUUCUCGCAGCCCUUCUCGACGCUGGGUUCGAGGUCACGGUUCUGACCAGGGAAAACAAAGACGACAAGUUCGACCAACGAGCCCGUAUAGCUGAGGUGAACUACGACUCGUCGGAGUCGCUGACCUCCGCUCUGGCCGGCCAGGAGGUGGUGGUCAACACGCUUGGUGUCGGACGAAUCCCCAGGGAGACCCAUCUUCGAUUGAUCGAUGCUGCCGUUGCGGCACACGUUCAGCGAUUCGUUCCGUCCGAGUUUGGCGGCAAUACUACCAACCCUCGCGCCGCACAGCUGCCCGUUUACGGGGACAAAGUGGCUGUUCAGAAACACUUGCAAGAAGCGUCCGCCAACUCCAACGGCACCUUCUCCUACACUCUUCCGAUCACCGGUCCCUUCCUGGACUGGGGCUUGAAGACCACAUUUCUGCUGAACCACAAGGGCCCGGAGGUCGAGCUAUACGAUGGCGGUGAUCAAAAAUUCAGUGCCACGACACUGGCCGGCAUUGGACAGGCCGUAUCUGGGAUCAUCCGCAAUCUAGACGCAACGAGAAACCAAGCUGUAUACGUCAGUGAGGCCAACGUAUCGCAAAAGGGGCUCCUUGAGCUAUCGGGCAAGCAGCUUGCGACGAAGACGGUGAGCACCGCCGUAUUGGAAAAGGAGGCUUACGACGAACUUGGCAAGCCCAACCCGAAUCCAGCCGUUGUUGCCUUCAACUUUCUGCGGCGGGCUAUCUUUGGCGAAGGCUUUGGUGGUUUGGUAGCUCCGGAGGAGUUGUCGAACAACUUGCUUGGCGUCCGGUCAUUGAGCGAUGCGGAGAUCAGGGACAUUGUGGCGAAGAAUACUUGA